AUGUCGGCGCGGCGGCGGCGAAGGGCGGCCGCCGAGGAGGAGGAUGAGGAGGAAGAGGAGGCAGAUAGCGACAAGGAAGUGGAUUUGGAAGAAAGACUUGUCGAGUUGGAUCUUGGAAGCGAUUCAGAUGUUACUCCACCAACAGACAGCACUCCAGAAAUCCUCAAAAGGGCUUUGUCAGGCUUGUCAACCAGAUGGAAAAACUGGUGGAUUCGUGGAAUUCUCACACUAGCUAUGAUUUCUGUGUUUUUUCUCAUCAUAUACCUAGGAUCAUUUAUGCUGAUGCUUCUGGUUCUAAGCAUCCAAGUGAAGUGUUACCAUGAAAUCAUUACUAUAGGUUACAGAGUCUACCAUUCAUAUGAGUUACUAUGGUUUAGAUCCCUUAGCUGGUACUUUUUGUUGUGUGUCAACUACUUCUUUUAUGGAGAGACUGUAGCUGAUUACUUUGCUACAUUUGUUCAGAGAAGAGAACAACUUCAAUUCCUAAUUCGUUACCAUAGGUUUAUAUCUUUUGCACUCUACUUAACAGGUUUCUGCGUGUUUGUUUUGAGUUUAGUGAAGAAACAUUAUCGUCUGCAGUUUUACAUGUUCGCAUGGACUCAUGUCACUUUGCUGAUCACUGUAACUCAAUCUCAUCUUGUCAUCCAAAAUCUCUUUGAAGGCAUGAUCUGGUUUCUGGUUCCCAUUUCAAGUGUUAUCUGCAAUGAUAUUGCUGCUUACAUUUUUGGAUUCUUCUUUGGCAGAACUCCAUUAAUCAAGCUGUCUCCCAAGAAGACCUGGGAAGGGUUCAUUGGAGGCUUCUUUUCCACAGUUGUAUUUGGGUUUUUUUUUUCCUAUUUCUUGGCUCAACAUCAAUACUUUGUCUGCCCUGUGGAAUAUAGCAGCGAAACCAACAGAUUUGUGACAGAGUGUGAACCUUCAGAGCUCUUUCAGAUGAAGAAGUACUCUGUGCCACCAUUGCUCCGGGCUGUCUUGGGAUGGGAAACAGUGAAUAUGUACCCAUUUCAGAUGCACAGCUUUGCACUGUCAACAUUCGCCUCGCUAAUCGGGCCAUUUGGAGGAUUCUUUGCCAGUGGAUUUAAAAGAGCUUUCAAAAUCAAGGAUUUUGCAGACACAAUCCCUGGGCAUGGCGGGAUAAUGGAUCGCUUUGAUUGUCAGUACUUGAUGGCUACUUUUGUUCAUGUCUAUAUCACCAGUUUCAUAAGGGGUCCAAAUCCCAGCAAAUUACUAAAACAGCUAUUGAUACUGCAGCCUGAGCACCAACUAAGCAUGUAUAAAGCCCUGGAAUCUCACCUUGUAGAAAAAGGGAUCCUGCAGCCAUCUCCCAGAGGGUAAUUUGUCAAAAGAAGGACUAGAAGAAACAUCCAUUUACAAGAAGCCUCUGGAAACCUAUUACGAAAAAGCACAAUAAUAGCUAAAGGAAGAGCAGCUUGUGGUGAAUGUUUCC